CCUCCAGCUGUGACUGAGCGGUGGUUUUACGCGCAGAUUGAUAAGGAAAGAUAGAAGGACAGCAGCAGUCUGUUGCGAUGAAAACAAAGUGGCAUCUCUAUAUUUCGUGGAGUGUUUUAUCACUUGCCCUCCUUAGCUGCGCAGCGGACAUUUAUGAAUCUACAUCUGCUCUUAGAAAGAAAAAGAUCAUCAAACUUGGCACUCCGAAAUCCAAACCUGACGCAAUCAAACUGUCAACAACAGGCGAGAGAAAGUCCAGCCAGAGGUUAUCUAGCAGCACCUCUCCAUUGUCUCAACUCAACUUCCAAACGUCACCUGUAACGCCUCGAUCCGUGCGUUCAGGAAAGCUUGAUGCAAAGAUCCAGUCGGACUUUGCUUCCCUUCCAGACGUUUCUGUGACCUGCUCCACAUCUGACUUUGUCGUGCGGGUCAAACCAGCUUUCUACGGGCUGGGCGCAGAUGCUGCGGAGUUGAAAUUAGGCAGCACCUGCAAAAGCAACGGAGUUCUCAGACCAUACGGCGACCUGCUCUUCACAUAUCCUCUGACAGCGUGCGAUUCCCAGCGUGAGCUGACCCACGGUUAUCUGGUCUACAAACUCUUGCUCCAUUAUGAGCCCUCGCCAAAACGAUUCCCAAGCAGAGCGCAUCGAGUUGAUGUCGGGAUUGAAUGCCGUUAUCAAAGGAACCAUCAUGUGUACCAACUGGCUGUGCAGCCUACCUGGCAAACUGCUGUUGUGCGUAAAAGGCUGAAAGGACGUCCCAAUGACUUCCAGAUUGAAUUGAUGAAUGAUUCAUGGAGCAGACCAGUCAAGUCUCAGGUGUACCAGCUUGGGCAGACAGUUAACUUCCAAGUGUCUGCUCCUCAACUUCCCACUGGUGGAAAACUGUACAUCAGUAGCUGCUAUGCCGCACCAUCCAGUGGCUCUAAAUCAUCCCUCAAGUACACAAUCAUUGACAAUUUUGGCUGUAUGCUGGACAGCAAGAGGGACCCGGGGGCCUCUCAGUUCAUCUCUCGCACAGACAAAACUGUGAGAUUCUCCAUGAAGGCCUUCCAGUUCAUCUCUGACCCUGACACUGAGGUUGACCUUCACUGCAAAUUAUUUGCAACAUCAGGGAAGGUGGGUCCUGCACAAAAGUCAUGCACCUAUAGAGGGAACAGGUGGGAGGCCCUAGCUGGUGACAACUCUAUAUGCGAAUGCUGUGACUCACAAUGCGUGACCUCUAAGCCCCGGAGAGCCAUGAUGGAAGGCUCUGCCAGCAGUGGGUCAUUGUUGGUCUCUGAUCAGCCACACACAGCAGAAGAUGGCUUUUUCCCAGUCAGUCCCUCCUUGGUCAGCAUGAGAAGAGAGGGCAAGACCACAAGUCAUGAGAACCUGUGGGAAAAUGCAGAUGUACUCGCGUAUGACGACGGUGAAGAAGAACAAGGCUACAUGGAGGAAGAAGAGGAGCUUAAAGAUGAAGAAGAAAGCAGAGGAAGGCUUAUCCUUGGAAUGAUGACAGAACCUGAACUAGAGAAAUCUGUUUUCAGGGAGAGAGUCUUAGUGGAGGAAAGGAAAAAGUCUGAAGAGAAGGAUUCAAGGGUGUUCAGAGAGGAUGGGUCAGGGUAUGAAGUAGAAGAGGAUUUUUUAGAGAGUGGAGAGGAGGAAAGAUUUGAGGGAGAGGAAGAUAAGCAAUUGGUCCACCUGAGUCAUCAGAAGGAAGAUGUAGUGUUGCAUAAUUGGGCACAGUUGGAGCAAAUGUUACGAUCACAUGUCGGCUUACAGAGAGAGGUACAGCCACUGAACUCUGAAGGUGAGGGAGAACGCAAGAAGUACACAGGUAGAAGUGAAGAGGUUGAGAACACGAGAGCCUCUGAGGUAGAGAAGACGAACGAUGAUGAUCUGGCAGAUGUUGUGGAUGAUGGGCAGCUGACCUGGUAUUUCACAUGGAGAUAGUAUUAGUUUAAUGAAUCAAUACUGUUCUAACUCUUCAUAACAGAAGGCUUUUGUGACUUAUUUCAAUAAAAAGAAACAUGAAAAUGCA